AUGGCCUAUGACUCUGAAAAUAAUGAUCUGCCCUCAGAACCAGAAGACCUACCAGACUCCUCAUCAGUGGGCCUCACGAUGUCUUUUCGGUCUUCACCUCCAGCUCUGGAUCAACAGGAACCCCUUGUGGACGGUCUCUGUGGUGCAGACCUUGCCAGUGGCGCUGCUAACGUCGAUAAUGUCGACCAGUUGGCGCCAUCCUCCUCCUCCUCCUGCAAUUCGGUUGAAACCACCUCGGCAACCAGCAUAAGUGUCGCAACUGCUCAGCUUAACUUCACCUCAGCCGGGGACAACUCAGGAUCCCAGUGUGAACAACAAAGAACAUCAGCCUCAGUGGGCUGGCUUGACUUUGUAAACUCCACGGAUUUGGGUCCACCACUUAGCGGCGGUGAGUUUCAAAGCGACUGCCCACCACAGACCAGCUCGGCAGAGAUGGUAGAUGUGACGAAUUCAGCGUCAAAGAAUGAGUCACCCACCACCUCGCAUACUGUCAAACUGCCGAGCACUUCAGCAUCCAGUCACAGCAAGCUAAGAGUCCUCCUCUUUGAUAUGGAA